AUAUGGCUGCUCGGAAGAAAUUAUCACCGUGGCUUCGAUGCUAUCCUGUAAUGCAGCAGUGUUCUAUCGGCCCAAAGCAUUGAUUAUACAUGCCGAUGCUGCUCGAAAAGGUUUUUGGAUUCCCGGCGGUGAUCAUCUCACCCUGCUAAAUGUUUACAAUCGUUGGCGAGAUAGCAAUUAUUCUUCACAGUGGUGUAUUGAAAAUUUUGUACAGCACAGAACAAUGAAACGAGCAAGGGAUGUCCGCGACCAGCUUGAGGGUCUACUCGAGAGAGUUGAAAUUGAACAGGUAUCCAACAACGAUUCAAUAGCAAUUCGGAAAGCGAUCACUGCUGGAUAUUUUUAUAACUGCGCAAAGCUGGACAGUAGCGGACAUUAUAAGACGGUGAAAAAUAAGCACACCGUUCACAUUCAUCCCAACUCGUCAUUGUUCGAGGAGACCCCACGAUGGAUGAUUUACUUCGAGCUCGUUUUCACAUCUAAGGAAUUCAUGCGUGAGGUGAAACCGAAAUUUUGA